AUGUGUACUCAUCCUAAUAUUUUUUCAGGAGUACAGAAAGCUCUUUGUAGGCCCGGUGCUGAUCUGGUGAUUUGUGAUGAAGGACACAGAAUCAAAAAUGAUCAGGCAAAUAUUUCACAAGCCUUGAAAAAAAUCCACACCAGGUAUGUUAACUCAGUGAUUUCGUUACAAAUAGUUAUGGUGAGUCCUGGGACUCAUCAUGCAAAAAAUCAUGAGUGCUAGUCCAGAACUAUUGAGUCCCAGUUAAAAAAAACAGUGAGUCCUAAACUGAAUUUGUUUGGGCUUUUAUAUAACCAUACAGACAAUUAUUCCAAAGGCAGACUCCACAACUCUGUAUUACAGUUUACUGAAAUAAAAAACUCCUUCCAUCAUAAAGCACAACAAAGACGAAAAGAAAUAUAUCUUGAUAAACAACAGCCACAAGAACAGCCACAGAAAUCAUACAAACAGGAUAUUCUACAUAAACAUCUUCAGAUCGAUCAAUUGACCUUUGCAUCCCUUUGGACACAUGCCAUGAAUUAUUUUGUUUCUUUUGCACUUUUUAUGCGUCAGGGGCGCAGGAUGCAGAGGUAACAAAAUCACUGUUAAGUACAGUUGUUCUUCCAUGUGUGAUACAUUUUUGGUUACCUGUGCAUUACCACUUUUCAAAAAAGUGACACCUACUCCUGGGCUUGCCCAGGGCCACUUUGUGCUCGUCUUAGUUAACCCUUACACCACCAGAACGAAUGAAGAAGUCUUUUAAGGUGAUUCUAACUUUAGAGUCUGUGGACUAAAUCCUAUGGUGUUACCAUUCAAAUGAAACCUCUUUAGCAGUACUUUCACAUGGUACUAUUUAUUUAGUAUGUAGUUCUAACUUUUGAGUCUGUGGACGAACUCCUAUGGUGUGGCCAUUCAAAUGAAACCUUUUUGGCAGUACUUUCACAUGCUGCUAUUGGUUUUUUGGCAUUUUACAAAGUGAAUAAAUUGAAAAGUUUGACAAAAUUUGACUUAAGUCACUCCUGGGAGUGAAAGGCUUUAUAAUUUUGUGAGAGUAUGACUUGCCUGGACUCUUGACUAUUGGGCUAGUAAUCUUUAAAAGUAACUCACCCGGCAAGAAAAUCUACUUGUCCCAGGCUACUGGAUGGCACUCACUUGUUGCCCUGCGACCCCUAAAAUGAAAAUUAAUUUGCCAUAAGGACUUCUAAUGAGUGAUCACAUCUCUAAACAAACAAAAUACAUAUAGUGACCACACAAUUAANGAGGACAGACUUCAAAACUCUGUAUUACAGUUUAAUGGAAUAAAAAAACUCCUUCCAUCGUAAAGCACAACAAAGACGAAAAGAAAUAUAUCUUGAUAAACAACAGCCAUAAGAACAGCCACAGAAAUCAUACAAACAGGAUAUUCUACAUAAACAUCUUCAGAUCGAUCAAUUGACCUUUGCGUCCCAUGGGACACAUGCCAUGAAUUAUUUUGUUUCUUUUACACUUUUUAUGCGUCAGGGGCGCAGGAUGCAGAGGUAACAAAAUCACUGUUAAGUACAGUUGUUCUUCCAUGUGUGAUACAUUUUUGGUUACCUGUGCAUUACCACUUUUCAAAAAAGUGACACCUACUCCUGGGCUUGCCCAGGGCCACUUUGUGCUCGUCUUAGUUAACCCUUACACCACCAGAACGAAUGAAGAAGUCUUUUAAGGUGAUUCUAACUUUAGAGUCUGUGGACUAAAUCCUAUGGUGUUACCAUUCAAAUGAAACCUCUUUAGCAGUACUUUCACAUGGUACUAUUUAUUUAGUAUGUAGUUCUAACUUUUGAGUCUGUGGACGAACUCCUAUGGUGUGGCCAUUCAAAUGAAACCUUUUUGGCAGUACUUUCACAUGCUGCUAUUGGUUUUUUGGCAUUUUACAAAGUGAAUAAAUUGAAAAGUUUGACAAAAUUUGACUUAAGUCACUCCUGGGAGUGAAAGGCUUUAUAAUUUUGUGAGAGUAUGACUUGCCUGGACUCUUGACUAUUGGGCUAGUAAUCUUUAAAAGUAACUCACCCGGCAAGAAAAUCUACUUGUCCCAGGCUACUGGAUGGCACUCACUUGUUGCCCUGCGACCCCUAAAAUGAAAAUUAAUUUGCCAUAAGGACUUCUAAUGAGUGAUCACAUCUCUAAACAAACAAAAUACAUAUAGUGACCACACAAUUAACUGAAUGAAAAAGUGCUGGAGACAAGGUUUUUCCUACUCUUCAGGGCUUAAAAAAAUACUUGUUUGAGUUUUUUAUUCAAUAUACUUAUUACUGGUAUAUCAUUGUUGCGUAGUGAUACAGUUUUUUACUUAAACAUACAUUUUAUUAACCCAUUCACCCGUGGAAAUUGUGCUGAAAAAGCUGUUUGAAGCUAGUUGAGCUUUUUUCUGCUGAUUAUCUUGAGAAAAAAGACAAUAGUACCUAAACCCUCCUUAGAAUUAUUAUCAAUGACAGCACAUGAAGUACAAGGGAACUUAGGUUCCACAUGAGUGGUUGAGGUUUGAGUGAGUUGAAUGCAAAGUUAAGCUUUUACUCGGAUGUACUUGGUUAAGAAACAUUUUUGACCAAAACUUUUUCUUCAAAAUUUCAAGAUACAUUGUAGGUGGGGAGUUGCUAUAAAUGUGUGUGUUAAUGUGAAGAACAACAAGGAAAAUGUGAAUGUUAAUAGUGGGACUAAGCUUAUUACGUUUUUAGGCGUCGUGUCGUCUUAACUGGUUACCCACUGCAGAACAACCUCCAGGAAUACUGGUGCAUGGUGGAUUUUGUGCGACCCAAUUUUCUUGGCAAUAAACAGGAGUUCUGCAACAUGUUUGAAAGGCCAAUACUUAAUGGACAAUGCACUGAUAGUACUCCUUCAGUAAGUUAUAUA